AUGUCAUCCAUAAUAACCACAGUAGAAGUCAACCACACUAUCGCUUUAAUCGGGACAUCGAGGGGGCAUCUACUCAAGGUUCAUGUGGAAAGUAACACUACCAGCCGACUUUAUGAACGCAUUAGCGUUGACACCAGUCCUGUUCUGCCAGAUGUCAAGGUUAAUGAAUCAACAGGUGUAAUAUUUCUCUUGACAGAACAAAAGUUGGUGAAGCUUCGCGUUGAGAAUUGUGGCCAAUACACUACAUGCGAAACGUGUAUUGGGACUGAUGCAGGGAAUGAUGGAGACCCAUAUUGUGGAUGGUGCACUCUGGAACGAAGAUGUACGAGAUAUUACGACUGUCCAUCACCAGAUGUAUCUACUCGAUGGUUGGCCUACAAUGCUGCUCAGUGCAUUCAUAUUACCGAUGUAGCGCCCUAUGAUAACCUACCAAUAACAGUCACUGAGCAACAGAUCACCCUGACUGUGCAGCAGUUACCUGAUCUAGGGACAGGCCAGAGUUAUGAAUGUUAUUUCGGGUCAUUUGAAUCUCCAGCUACGAAGAAUGGUGAAGUACUAGAGUGUACGUCACCUCCUAGUGAUGGGAUACCUACCAUUCCACAAGGAGAUGAUGCAGUAAGAGUAGUUUCGAGUGUUGAGUCAUCUGAAACUUCAGUUCAAUUCAUAGACACCGACUUCUACUUCUACGAGUGUUCAACUCACACUUCAUGUGUAUCCUGCGUUGGUAGUCGCUGGGCCUGCGAUUGGUGCGUGUUUGAGAACAGAUGUACUCAUGAUAGCUCCACAUGCACACGUGCUAAUGAAAUCAUCAUUACUGGAAAUAACAAUCCAACUGCCUCUGCAGGCAAAGGACCUGCGAUUUGCCCUCAGCUGCUGAACCAGACUGCUGAAGUUCUGCUUCCUAAUACCAUUAUGAGGAACAUCACUGUCAUUACUACAAACCUGCCAGACGAAGCUGGGAUUUCUAGCUAUCAGUGCAGCUUAGAUGUUGAGGGAUCGCCACAGGUUGUUAAUGCAGAACGCAAUGGAAUUAGGAUCACAUGCCAAGCUAAGGCUUACACAUACCUCUCCAAUGAUGAACCAGAGCUGGAAGUGAGACUGUCUGUUUUAUGGUCUGACACAAACGGUUUUGCGCACAUCCUAGAUGACAUACAUGGAUUUGACGUAACAUUGUACAAGUGUGAAGUCCAGAAGCCAGACUGCAGCCGUUGUGUUACAGCCCGCCCAGCGCUCAAAUGUGUUUGGUGUGGUGCCAUGCCGAGCGAGUCUGGUGUUUGCAAACUGAAUGAAAUUUGCAGUGAAAAUAGGGUGACUUUGGAUAACAGAUUGAACUGCCCUGAUCCAGUUCUGAGUGAGGUAUUUCCCUUGACUGGGCCCAUUGAAGGCAACACAGUCAUAGAUGUGAUGGGAACUGAUAUCGGUCGGAGAUCGAGUGAUGUUGUGAGGGUGAUGGUUGGCGAUCAACCAUGUGAUCUGGCUGGAUUAAGCUCAGACUACCAACUCGGAGCAAGUGUCAGCUGCAGAACGAGAGCAGAAAGUGAAGGAGCCGAGUUGGUUACUUUGACAGUCACGGGUGCAGAUGGUACAAUGCAACGGAGCUCAGGAACAGUCAACUUUAACUUCAAAGUUGUCGUCACUGACCUCCGGAAGCCUAAUCAGUCGUGCCACUGGGCGAGUGUAGGUUUUACCUCGAACGCUCACGCUGGCAGUGCGGACACGACCGUCGGAACCCGGAAAGGUCUCUGCAACUCUUCCGAUGGGCCACUAAGCUCUGCUGAGUGCUGGGUCGACAAUCAUAACGACAUCAUUGGUGGUCAGGUUCGGACGGUCGGUAUGCCACUUCUGGCGCUCCUGGAGAGUCGGCAAAUCUUGGGUACGACGAAGACGUCCUCCCACUCGGAUGAGGCCGCAAGAUUUGUCAUACUCUGGAGCGAGCUGCAGGAGUCUGCUACCACGGGGGAGCUCUUUGCCUGCUUGGAUGCAAGCAAUCUCCUCUGGGAAGGAAUCUUGUUGAGCACGCUGAUAAAGAAACAUCUCGGCUUCUACCCGUUGUUCAACCAACUUGGUAGGAUCAGCAUCCUCGGCCGCCCCAUGAAGAUGCUGCAUGGUAGCUGCAACAAGGUCACUCCAGGUGUCAUGUUCGGAUGGAUCAGACGGGUGAGCUGGCCAUGUGUCGGGAGACAACCGGAGGAAAGAAGGACCAUCUCUCCACCUGUUGGCUUGGCUGAGGUCAACCAGGGUUUUGCCUCUCGUAAGGUCAUCUGCGGGGUUGUUCUUGGUGUCGACAUACCGCCACUUGUCAACAUCGGUCAGGGUCUGUAUUUCUGCGACACGGGUGCCAACGAACACUUUAUACCGCUCACAGCCAUCAGAACGGGCAUCUGGUGGGAGAUCUUCUACUACAGCAGGAACGUUGCUGGCCCACUGUCGUAUUUCAAACCCACCGUCAGAAAGCAGGUUUCGCAUCUUCUGGACAAGGGCUUUGGCAUCUGUCUCGACCGGUCCCUGGAGGGUCCAACCCAGCUUAGUGUUGAUGGCAACUGGAGCUCCACGUGUGCCAGACUUGAUUGGAUGUCUUGCCACGAUGAGAUCCGCCUGAUCAGAUCCAAUGAGGACCUGUGGAGAAGCAUUAUUGAUUACGGGCAACUGAAGGUGACGGAGAUGGGAGUAGCGGUGUUGCAGAUCUUCAACAGGAUAUGUGUACUGGGACAGGCACAAGUUACUGGCCGAGAAGGCUCCAGUUACAGUGUACAUCACUUCAGAUGGGGAUGCACAUCAAUGAGGUUCACCAAAGCCAGCUUGAGGAGGGCGAAUUCUUUCUCCUUCCCAUCAGAAAACUUUGGCAGGGUAGGUUUAGGGAUCCCGUGUGAUGAUGCAACAAGGAGAUCCAUAACGGUUGGUGCUGAUGACACCGUUAAGGAGGGUACAGAAGCCAUUGGGUAUGGCAAGUGCGGAGGACAAGUCCCUGGAGUAGGAAUGCCUUGUCUUGGAGUGACAUCACUGGUUACCACUGAUGCGGCUGCAUCCUUAUCACUAAGACCGGAUAGGUGUGAGUUACGGGAACUUGAUGAGCUAUUAGUGCGUUGGCUGCCGGAGUGCUUUGAGGCAACAGACUCAUCUCGGUUCUCCUCGGCCAGAACAUCAUCGGCAUGGUGUUCAGACAUUGUGGAAUGUCAAGGUGAAUCUGUAACAGAGAUGCGGUGCCCGUCUCCUAACAUAACAGACCUCAACAUAAGCAAUGACAACUUGACCUUUGGCUUCAUCAUGGAUGGGGUCACUCAACUGUUGACAUGGUCUCAGGAUAACGAUGCCAGCUUGGAGUACUUUGAGGAUCCAAUGUAUAACAAAUUUGAAGGUGGUAUGAAGGACAAAGAAGGAGAAACCUUGACAAUCACGGGCGAGCGGAUUGACAGCGCCAUCACAGAGGGAGAAAUCAUCGUGAAGAUCGGCGUAGAGAGCUGUCCCGUUAGCCUGAUCGCUGAUUCAGCACUCGUAUGUGAAUUGCCCGAGGAGGCACCAGCAGCCGGUGACUACAUGGGAGAAGAUACCGGGAAAGGUCUGCCUGUGGUAUGGGUUCGCCACAAUAACUUAAAAUUUAGGUUGGGCUAUUUGGUCUAUCCCAGUACGGUGCCACUUGUCGCUAUACUUGUACCGAGUUUGGUCAUUCCACUCUCCAUGGCGAUACUGCUCGCUGCUACCUUCGUGUAUUGCAAACAAUUGCAAAGGAAGCGUACCCACGACAGAAGACUAUUGGGCAGGAUAGUGGCGAUUCAUCUCGAAAUUGAUUCCCACGUCAAGAGACGCAGGUGGUAUAGAUCCCAGAAACAGUCGGAAUCUGCUCAGCCAAAACAAAAGCGCAUUGUCCUGAACAACAAGGUCAGCUUCGUUCCCGACGACAUUCAUAUCGACUUCAGCCAACUGGUUGGGGAAACUCUCGGACAAGGUGCAUUUGGGCGUGUACUGAAAGCUGUUCUACACGAUACGUCAGGGGAAGAUCAAAUUGUGGCCGUAAAGACAGUGCAAGACACCUCGGACCCGAAAAAUGUGGUGAAGUUCCUGGAGGAAGGCCUGAUCAUGAAAACCUUCGACCAUGUCAACGUUCUGGGGCUUCUGGGGUUGACCUUUGACGCGGUCAAAAACCCCUUGGUGGUGAUACCCUUCAUGGCAAACGGUGACCUCAAGACAUAUCUGGUCAAGAAGAAACAGACCUUGGCGACAUCUCUGCUGAUGAGGUUUGCCUCACAUGCCGCACUCGGUAUGAGUUACUUGGCUCAGCACAAGUUUGUCCACAGAGAUCUUGCGGCCAGAAAUUGCAUGGUGAACAGUGAUCUUCUGGUGAAGAUAGCGGAUUUUGGUCUAUCCCGUGACAUGCACGAAUCGGAUUACUACACAAGCGGUGAUGCCCAGGCUAAGCUGCCUAUCAAAUGGAUGGCUCCCGAGUCCAUGGAACGUCGAGUGUACAACGCCAGGACUGACGUGUGGUCAUAUGGUGUGCUCCUGUGGGAGAUUUUCAGUACGGGUGCCAAACCGUAUCCAGGAAUACCCAACCAAGAUGUGUAUGAUUUCUUGAAGAGAGGUCAACGCAUGGAUGCUCCCCAGAACUGCCCGCCAGAAAUCUACGGCAUAAUGGUACGUUGCUGGCAGGACAACCCCAAAUCGCGUUGCACCUUCGUCCAAGUUGCCAACGAGCUGGAAGAACUGUUGGAGGGAGACCGUGACUACGUAGCAGCUCCUAGUGCGGGUGUGGUUGGUAAGCGACCCAUCGAACAUCGCGAAGAACCUGGUGCCACAGACGACAGCUAUCUGGUCCCGAUGCAGCAGGAGACCGCCUUUGGUGCUGACGGCCCGUGUAGUGACGGAGAAACCAGCGGGAGCCAUGCGACCACCGCCCAUGAUCCCUUGGAUUAUGUCAAUAAAAUUGUCAUUAGAUAA